AAGGCGUGCUCGUCACGCGAAACGAAUAACUAAUCCCCCAUUGGUCAGCCCUACUUGUCAAUUUCAGAUUUUACGUCACUCGCUUGGUGAAACAUGGCGACCGCCACAGUGCGUGGAGUCGCAACAAAUCCUUCAGAAGACAGCAUGUCCUUGAAGAAAGCGCUGUCCGCGGCUUCUCCUCUCACUUUGCGAAUUGUCGCUGAAUGUCCUGUGACAAAAGCAAGAGCUUGUGAUCUAAUACUGCCCCACAGUGCCGUUAGCACCCCGGUUUUCAUGCCCGUGGGUACCCAGGGAACUCUGAAGGGAAUCACGGUGGACCAGCUGGAGGGUCUUGGGUGUCAGAUUUGUCUCGGAAACACAUACCACCUUGGUAUGAGGCCGGGGCCCGAUCUGAUCGAGAAAGCCAGUGGUUUACACGGGUUCAUGAACUGGAAGAGAAAUCUUUUAACUGACAGCGGAGGGUUUCAGAUGGUGUCUCUUGUUGAACUCUCGGAGGUCACAGAGGAAGGAGUCAAGUUCAAGUCCCCCUACGAUGGCAAAGAGAUCCUACUAAGUCCUGAGAAAUCUAUCAGCAUACAGAACAGUCUGGGAUCAGACAUCAUGAUGCAGCUGGAUGACGUGGUCAGCAGUACUGUGACGGGGCCACGGGUGGAGGAAGCCAUGCACAGAUCAAUUCGUUGGCUGGACCGAUGCAUGGCAGCCAAUAAAAACGCAGACAAACAGAAUCUAUUUGCCAUCAUCCAGGGAGGACUGAAUGCAGAGCUCCGCAAGGCCUGUCUAGAUGAAAUGACUCAGCGCGAUGUCCCUGGUUUUGCCAUCGGAGGUUUGAGUGGAGGAGAGGAGAAGGAUGACUUCUGGCGUAUGGUCACACUCAGCACUGACCACCUGCCCAGGGAGAAGCCUCGUUACCUCAUGGGUGUGGGGUAUGCUGUGGAUUUGGUGGUGUGUGUUGCUCUUGGGUGUGAUAUGUUCGACUGUGUCUUCCCUACCCGCACAGCCCGGUUUGGCUCGGCUCUGGUGCCAUGGGGAUCUCUCCAAGUCAAACAAAAGCAGUACGCUAAGGACUUCAGGCCCAUAGACCCAGACUGUCAGUGCCCCACCUGCAAGAGACACAGUCGGGCUUAUCUGCAUGCUUUGUUUAAGAGUGACACCGCAGCCAUGCAUCACAUCACCAUUCACAACAUUGCCUACCAGCUCACCCUGAUGCGAUCUGUGAGACAGAGCAUUGUGGAAGGCUGCUUCCCAGAAUUUAUACGGACAUUCAUGAAGCGAAUGUUUCCCUCUCGUGACCAGUACCCCGACUGGGCCGUGGACGCCUUAGCUUCCGUCAAUGUGACUUUGGAAUAGUACCUGGAAGAUACGUUUUUUCACUAACUGAAUGUGAAACAGUGACUGAAGGGUUUUAUAACUUUUUAAAUGACCAUUUUUAUGGAUGAUUGUUUUCUAUUUUUUUUAUAUUUAUGUAUAUUUGUAUAUGUACUGCUAGUUUCUCUGGCUGUAAGGAGGAUAGCUUUUGAUUUGAAGGUAUAAUGCUUGAUUGUCAGCAGUCUGCAUUGCUUAGCUUCUGUAGCUUUAAAUUGUCCUCAGACUUCCAAUUAUGAUAAUGGAUGAGGGGGUUUAAACGAUGUUUGAAACACAUAAACUGGCUCCUCUGGUAUGCUCAGACACUUUUUGUUGUUACCAUGGCUACGCAUCCUGGUCCACCCACUUGAAAUGAAAUGGUUCGCCUUUCUGUCAACCUUUUUUGGGGGGGGGAUUACAGUGAUUUUUGUUUUAUUUUUCCAUAAUAUCAGGAACUGUGUUUCUAUUCUGGGAUUUUAACUUGCCGCCAAUUGCCAGCUGUUUUAACAGAUGAAUGAGUGUAGUGCAUAUGUGCACAUGUGUACUAUGGUUGCCACCAGAGGGCGAAAUGAAUACAGGUGCUGCAAAAAACGAACAGUACUACAGACUAGACGUUUUGAAAUACGCUAUUAAUCAGCUUUGAUAACAAACAAACAAACAAACAAAAAAAAACUAUGCACGCCUCCAUACCCAGUUGUCAAAUUACAUUAGGUAUUUGAGAAGAGAAUGAUAUCCAAAUUGCAUCAUUGUAAUAAAUCAUUCUUGAGGACCAGUGUCUCUAUUUGUUUAAAAGCCAAUUACCCCAAUUAGAAAUUGAAAGUGAAUGUUUUGUUAGGACUAUACAGAGGUGCUGUGUUAAACUGUGUGUGACCAAUAGCAACACAUUCAAGUUAAUUUGCCUACCACCUGAUGUCUGAGUCAACAGUCCUCUUAACCAUCACAUUUCAGUGUCAUUACCUUAUUUGUUUUGGCCAGAGCCUCUGCUAGAUUAAAUCUGUCACAUGCACAGUGUGGCAGGUAAGUUGCUAAAUAAAUAGCAGAUUGAGCUUGUUGGACAGUGACAGGAGUUGGCAAGCUUGUGCCCUAUUUCACAAAUGUUGAACUAAUUAUACAGUAAGAGGAACUUGUACCUGAUUGUUUGUAUCAUAUUAAAUAUCACAUAUUAUGCUA